AUGCUGGUGGUCGUCAUGGCGAUGCUGGUGGUCCCAGUUGAAGCAGCUCGAGUGGUGAGCGGUCAGACGGUGUGUGUUGGCGGUCCCGAGCGUCCAUGCUACAAGAUCGCAUAUUUCCACGACGUGUCGAGUCGCGUCGCCUUCCGGGAGGCGCGACAGGCCUGCGAAAUGGACGAAGGGUCGCUGCUGAGCAUCGAGAGUCCAACGGAGCAGACAGACAUCGAAAACCUGCUGCAGGAGCUGCGUUCAGGUGCAGUGGGCGGAGUCACAGGCGGCGGCGGAGGAAUCGCUGAUGGCGAUUUCUGGAUCGGUCUGACUCGUGUGGACGCAGUGGAUCAUACUGAACUCAGCAACACCUUCGCUUCCUGCCCGCAGCUGUACCAGUGGACUGACGGCAGCGUGGCCGCCUUCAGGAACUGGUACUUUGAUGAGCCGUCCUGUGGCGGCGAGGCGUGUGUUGUGAUGUACCAUCAGCCCACUGCACUUCCUGGUCUGGGCGGGGCUUAUCUCUACCAAUGGAAUGAUGAUCGCUGCAACAUGAAGCACAACUUCAUCUGUAAAUAUGAGCCAGUGACUACAGGUGGAGGUGUGGUCACUCAGUCUGCAGGUGAGGCGGUUCCCUCUCAGGUCACCACAGCUGGAGCUUCAGGCAUGUUGCUGCUCUACAUCGUCAUCCCGACCAUCCCCUUGCUGCUGCUCAUCCUGGUGGCUUCUGGGACGUGUUGUUUUCAGAUGAUCAGCAGAAGUGACCCCCGAACCAAGACCGCCGCCAACCAGUCGAACCUGUGGAUCUCCAGGACGCCCAAACCCGACAGUAUGGAGGUCUGACAUCACAGCGCUGCACACGGCUCAGCCAAUCAUCAUCAUCAUCAUCGUCGUCAGGUGGUGAUGUCAUCACAAAGGCUUCAUUUUUAUGACUUCUACUGAAGCUGCUUCUGUUUUUGUCCGUUUUACUGUCAUUCAAGCCUGCU